AGUUGUGUUUGUGUGUUUUAUUUUGUAUUCAUGAAUUUCAACAAACCAAAAGAAAUGGAUGUGGUUAGUCAGCCGCAAACAACGAAAACAUUCGAGUAUAGUUAUACGGAUUUGGAUGGUACAAAUAAGACAAUUUCAUAUCCUGUAUUGUUUCAAAUUCAAAAUGAGACGAUCGGUGAAUUGGCCUAUAGAAUUGUUAACGAAACGAUGAGCCCAUUGAUGUGUGCGCUCGAUGUACAUUUGUCGGUUCGAGUGGAAUUGGAGAAAUUCAUGUUGGAACAUAAACGGCGGCAGCGUUGCACAGAUGAUGAUGAGAUUUUAGCGGCGGUACAAGCCGGAAAUGUUGACAUCGACAGUUUGGUGAAUAAAAUUGACAAUUGGCACAAAGACGAAAUUCUCGAAUGCACAACAAAGAUUGGACCUAGCGAUGAGGAGAUAUUUGCGCAAUCAUUCCACCGGCUAGUGCAUUCAUCGCAAUUGAUGGAGAUUCUAUUAAAGGAGCAAACGUAUGCAAAAUCCAUUAUCGAAAUCAAUCGAAAGCGUGACGAGCAAAUAAAAUCACUGAUCAACGAACAACAGACGGAAAUGGAGAAGAAAAUCGAUCAACUGGACGAUGGCACAACAUCGGAAGACAUAAAUAAUCUAUUGAGCCAGCAUUACAGCCGACAAAAUUUACUGCAGCGACAAUGGGAAUCGGAGUUGGAAGCAAAAAUGGGCCACCAAAAGAAUGAUUUUCGCAAUUGGAUUGUUAGCUUGCUUGGUCAAACACUGUACUCAAUGGAUGAACGACAAUCACUAGCUAGCAGCAAUUCAAAUCACAAUGAAUCCGAUAAUGCUUCGAUGUUCUACAUGCAGACGCCUACUUUCGAGGAGAGUUUCACUAUCUACUUGGGCUCACAAUUGAAGCAUAUGCAUAAUAUGCGCUUGGUUGCAGCGAAUAUUUACGAUUUUUGCGAUUCACUGCACAUCAACGAAAGCAUCAGUGGUGCUAAUGUGGCACUUGGCCUAUAUUCAUCCGCACUUUCCGGAAUCAUUCUGCUCACACUAUCCGGUCAAGUGAAAACGAAUCGAGACUUGUGCAAAAAUGCUUCCAUGUCCACUGAAUUCCAUUUCAAUUCGAUCGGGCAGCAAAUUGAAGAAAUCCAAAAUGAAUUGAAGCUGGUAAAAGAGAGUACCGGCAAACUGAAACCAGGCGACUUUUUUAUUACCCGACACUCGAAUCUAUCACAAACACAUGUUAUAUUCCAUUUGAUAUCGGACGAGGCGUCAAACAGUCCUGAAGAUAUAACAUCGAGACAUCCGGUUAUACUGGGAUUACGUAAUAUAUUAAAAACCGCCAGCCGAUAUGAUGUCACCAAUCUAUCCAUACCAGCUCUCCUGCGACACGAAAUGUCCGAGGACAUGACGGUGCCGUGGUGCAAUCGACGUGCCGAUUUAGUUUUCAAAUGUGCCAAGGGUUUUAUCAUCGAAUCAGCAUCAUGGGGCGGCUCCGAAUUUACAUUGCAGCUUGUGUUACCACAAGACAUCUCCUACGAAUUAUUCACAACGCUAUCAAAUACCGUACCACAAGUGUUUCGCUUAGCAAACGCAAAGAUAUUCUCUACAUCGAUCCAAUAAAAUCGAUUUUUGUUUGAAUUUCGAAACGAAACAAAAGAAAAUUCCCCCUCUAUUUAGAGCUAAAAAAAAUUGUUAGAAUUUUGCAUUUUAAAUAUCAUAGAUUAUUAUAAGAACACCCACUUAAGCCGAUUGUACAAUUUACAGUGUAAAUAAUCGCCACUUUUGUGAUACAGCUUUAUGUGGAUGUACCCAUCAUUAUCGUUGCUUUUUAAAAUAAAUCUCGAAUGCUGAAAAUUCAAUUGAAAAA